UCAAAAUCGUGGAACGAGGCAGCAAAAAGGAAGCAACCAAAAUAUUCAUCACCUCUCUUGCGUGUCUCUUGCGUGUACUGCAGGGCAUCUGCACCGUUCACACAAAAAGGAAGCAGCGAGAAGCAAUGGUGAAUAACUCGCAGCAGGGCAACAAAUCAAUCUGAAACCAAAACAUCACAAAACUGUUAAGACAUCAAUCGAUUCACCAAACAAUGGAAGAGCCUGUUGAGCCGGUGCAGCAGCAGCAGCAGCCGCCGCCGCCAGCACCCAAAACGAAGGAAGAAAUUUUUGCCGCACGGCGUGAAGCGCGGCGAAAGAAAAUUUUGGAAAACUCCAACAACCGACUGUCGAAAAUCGUUGGACAGGAAGUGUCGCCUCCACCGACACCGUCAGACACGGCGGAAGACGUCAGCAUUACCAGCGCGGACGAUUUAAGCAACGAAACAUUUCCCGCAAACGAUGAAACCACCUCGGAAUCUUCAUACAGUGUGUACCCCGACCCGCUGGACGAGCGCUUGGAAUACAUCAGUCCUCAGGUCGAAGCACUGCUGGCAAACUCAGGCCUUAACGAUGAAUCAUUUUUGAACGCGAUGAGUGGUGUUGGUGGUGCUGGUAUGGGCCAGAACGGUGAUAUUUUUCAGCUGCUAAACACCCUCAACCGAGCACAAACGAAUGGUGGUGGGUUGUUGGGUGGCGGUAUGGAAAACACUACCGCCUCGCAACGUUCAUCCGCGCCGAACCGCACCCCGGUGCAGAGCAACGCCUGGUACGCUAGAGCUUUCCGUAGCAAAGUGCAUCUAGUAGUGGCAUCGAUCGUCGCCUACUUGUUGUUCGCGACCGGCAAUGAAUCAUUCAUCGGUGGUAACGUGUUUCUGCCGCUGCUUGCCUGGGAGUUGAUUGAGCUGCUAACCAUCGGGACCGUUGAGCCGGCCGGCGGACAGAAGCUGCUCGGCAUCGUGUUUAUGCUCGGAGGCAUCCCUAUGAAAACUUCACAAACCAUCAUGAAACUAAUGAACACAGUCAACAACGUGCUGAAAGAUGUUGCCUUCUUCAUGUUCUUUUUCGUGCUUACGCAUCUGCUGUGGAGCACGUUGUGGCUGGGGAUCGAGCUGCGGUAUGUGCUAGGAUACGAUCAGCUCACACCACCGUCUUAGUGUUCGUUCGGGGGAUUUUUAUGGACCACCUUCAAGCAGGGUACGGGUACUGCACAGGGAAGAGGUCAUUGUCUUUAAUCUUUCACUUGUUCAAUCCACAUUUAGCUGUCCAAAUGUUCGUUUAGUGUAAAACUAGCAAGGAUUUUUUUUAUUACUACCAUUUUAUCUCGUCAAAAAACUGCUCCCAGUCUGGCAGAAGCAUACCGGCAAUGGCAAGUGUAAAAACUGAAAAGAGGUUGGGAGAGAGAGAGGUAAUGGUAAAGAAGGGGUGUAUAAAAAUAAAAGACGUUUGUGCUUGUUGCUUCGUACACACAACAUUCUAUUACACAGUGCA